UUUCUAGGUAUCAUCGUUUUUGUAUUUUUUUGGUUGGAAUUCACUUUUGCGCACUAUGACGUGGGUAAAACUCAGGAACACUUUUUAAAACUUUGGCUUCUAGUUAGGAUUGUGAAGGAACAUUCCUAUAUCAAAUUUGAGGGCGAUAUAUGUGAUAGUUCUUGAGAUGAAACAAUUCACCCACAAUUGAGAAAAAAAAUUAAAGCAUCUAUAUUUCACCGUUCAUUUUCACAUCAGUAUAAUUGAGAAAGCCAUAUAACAUAAAUAUAUGAUUUUUUCAAAUUUAUUUUAUAGAAAUAUGGGAAAAUGAUUGGGAUCGGCCUUAAUAUUUUCAAAAAUGGUAAUCCUUAUGCCUUUAUUUUUUUAAAACGAACAUUGGGAUCCAUUCGGAAGCCUACUACCUAUGACAUUUGUAGAAAUAACAAUAGGAGAAAAAAAUACGUGGAGAUUAACAGUCAUAUAUAAUCUGUCAAAUGGCUUAUGUCGCGUUGCUUGUUUAUUUUAUGUUUCAUUAUUUGGGUUAGCGUUCAUUAUUACUAUUGUUUGCUUCAGAUUAUACUUUUCGAUAAAGAAUAAGGAAGUACAACCUGGACAAAUUUUUAUACGAAAUUUCAAAUAUAGCAUUGGUGAAUCUGCUCACAUUUCUUUUCUAAAAUCCAGCCAAUCCCUUUUCGCCACUUCAAAUAUCUCUCACGAAACAUUCAUGAAAACAAAAUCCCUGAAUCCCUAGCUAGUAAAUUCCGGUUGCCUCGCUCGAUUGCAUGAAGUCCGGUCGUUCUACGGCGCUGUAUGGCAAGUAAAACCCCUAGCGUAGAGAAGUCCCGCGCAUGCGAAGUCCAAUCCUAAAUUUACACUCAUAAACAUUUUUUUCAAUCGACAAUCAUCAUCGGAUUAUCACGUUUAGAGGUAAAUUAUCCCAACGCCUUCCAAUAAAUAUAAUGUCGAAGUAAACUACUGAAAUUCAAUAGAAUUCCGUCCAUUAAUCAUGCUCAUUUCGAGGAUUACGGGACUCUAGCAUGCGGUGACGUCACUCAUACACUAUUCUGAAAGAACGCUGUGGGACGAUAAUGGCGGAAUUGUACGCAAAAUACAACUGCACGUACUGCCAAGAGGACAUCGCGGGGCUGCGGGUAAAAUGCGUCGAAUGCCAAGAAUUCGAUCUCUGCUUACAGUGUUUUUCUGCUGGCGCCGAAAUUGGACAACACAAGAACAACCAUUCGUACCAGUUUAUGGACUCUGGUACCAUCAGUAUAUUCAGUGGGCGAGGGAAUUGGACAGCAAGGGAACACCUCCGAUUACUAGACGCAAUCGAACAAUUUGGCUUUGGUAACUGGGAAGACAUAAGCAAGCAUAUCGAAACACGUACCCCGGAAGAGGCUAAAGAGGAGUACAUGGCCAGAUACCUCGAUGGAAACAUUGGUAAACACACCUGGCCACCAACAGAAAGUUACAAACCCAACCUUACUGAUCAAACAAGCUCUGAUCAUGGACCAUUGUCACCUGAUCUUACGUCUCGACUUCCUCCUUUGGAUAUCACCCCUGAAGAAGCUGCGCAGUUGGGAUAUAUGCCUCAGAGAGAUGAUUUCGAACGAGAUUAUAAUCAUGAGGCAGAGUCACUGGUUUCGUCCCUGUUCUUGAACCCAGCCGAGGACGAUGACCUCGAUAUCGCCCUCAAAUUGGCCCACGUUGAUAUGUACACAAAUAAUUUGCGAGAACGAGCACGGAGAAAACGUGUAGUCCGUGAUUAUCAACUAGUAUCCCAAUUUUUCGCCUCUUCCAGGAAGGAAAAAGGCAUUAAAAAGAAGCAGACUAGAGAAGAAAAAGAUUUUAGAGAACGCCUGCGUGUCUUUGCCCAGUUUUACACAGCCCAAGAGUACGAGCAAUUUCUGGCAAACUUAGAGAGAGAACGUGAACUAAGAUUACGUCUCUCUGAACUCUAUCGUUACCGAGAAAAUGGGAUAACAAGACAUGAAGAGUGCACACACUUCGAGCAAGUAAUUGUGCAAACACAGGGUUCAACUGAAGCGGCAGAUCACUGGACUGAGAAAAAAUCUGGCAGCAGUGGGCCGUCCACACCAACACUCCGCCACACCUCAAAAAGAAGAGACGAAGAAAAAAAUCACUCUUUCAUCGACCGAAAGUACAUGUCAAAAGAAUCAGCCAGCUCCAAAAUAGUCAAUCACAGUCGGACGACGACUCAAACCAAUCAGUCGGUGGAGCUGGAUAACACGUCAAAUUAUUUAUUACAAAAAUCUGGUGGCUCAUUAUUAACCAAGACAUCAGACAAAAGGGACAUAGAGGUGGAGGCUGCAGCGCAUCUGCUUACCAAACAGGAAAAGUCCUUGUGUGUUCAGCUCGAUCUUAAGCCCACGCAGUAUUUAACACAAAAAACCUUGUUGUUACAAGAAUAUCUGAAUGGUAAUCGAAAAUCUACGAUAAUUCCUCAAUCAGAGCCGGAAAACAGGAUUCUUCAUUACCUCGUUACGAACGGUUGGAUUGCAGCCAAUUAAUUCCCCCCUCAAGUCAACUACCACAAGCCUAAUAAUCCUCACCUCUAAGUCACACCAAUAUUAACCUAAUGAGUAAGAGUAAUUAAAUCAUAAAAACCAUCAAUCUGAAUUUUUCCCUUCAGCAGAUUUUCAAGGAAAACAUAACUGAGUUAGAAUAAAAAAAUGGAUAAGAAAGCGUCAGAAGCUUUAACCAGAUACGUCCGGGAUUGUGAUUAAGAAUAAUAAGGAGAAGAAAAAGAUGUAAAGGGUACAAGGACUAAAUUAUCAGUGAGACCACCUAGACGAUACAUUCACAACCAUUCAUUUUACUGAUAAACUAAUCAGUCACCUCUAUCACUUGAAUAAAUUUCGUCCUUAAUUUAUUGAAAAAAAAAUGAUUCCAUCUGUGUCUCAUAUUUUUAAACUUCCACCACAAUCAUGAAAUCCAAUUUUCCUCUUAUCAAUUAAUAGUAAUGACUCAUUCGUUGCGCAGUGAAACGAAAAAAUAGUAGAAGCUUAAAUGACACGCAUCAAUAUUUUUCCACUAUAAUUGAUGGCGUUCUUAAACGUUUGAAUUGAAUGAUUAAUUGAAAUGGUGAAAAACAAACCAACGGACCAGACCUGUGCACUUUAUUUUGUAAAUGUCUUUCGAUCUGUAAGAUACAUCAAGAACAUUCAUCAAGAGACUUUUUGAUCUUCUUGAACAUUGAUCACGAACAAUAUUUCAAUAUAUUUCUUGAAUUGAAAAUCAUGAUGGGAACGAGUAGGCUUCACGAAAUAUAUCAAAACAUUUUUUUUGUAAAAGAGAAAAUCUCCAAAGAGAAUGCUCUUGAUAUUUUCCUCAAGGGCCACUCAUUUCGGAGCUACAAGUGAAAUCACAGUAUACAAUGAAGUUGAAAAAGAUUUGUCGUCAUCUCCUGUUCUUUAUCUUUUCUAAAUAUUUAAAUGUAAACUAAGUAGAAACAAGUUGGGAAUUUUCAUGAUUAAUUGAUUGUGUAUUCUAAUGAAUUGCCCAUAGACCUACAGAUAAGUAGUGAUGACGACAGUCACUGUGUACUUACAAGCAAAGUCAAGAUUGUAUAUAAAUUGUACAAUGAAAUAUGAAUUCUAAUUACUAGUAAAAAUUAUAGUUUUAGGAAUUUUCAAAAUAUUUUUGUUAAAUUCGUUUAUAAAAUUCAUCUGUAAAUUUUUGGGGAAAAUUAACGAAUCCUCUCGAUGUUAAUUGAUUCAAAAGUUUUUCAAAUCAAUUAUUAUUGUAUAAUUAUGAAACGGUUUUUAAUCAUUCUUUUUUUUAUCCCUCAAAUUUUCCUUGGAUAGAGACUCUUAAUUCUAGAUUAAGCUUGUGAGUAUUCAAGCGAAUAAAAGGGAAAAGGAUUGGGCAGUGUUGAACCGAAUAAUGGAUUUCAUGAUGUAAUCGCGGCAGUACCUGAAAGGGGGAAGGGUGUUAAAAAUAUUUAAGGUUAGAAGAAAAAGUGAAAAAUAAUCAAUUAUCACCUAUUUUGAUCGAAUGGAAAAUAACACUGAGCAAAGAAUCAGAUCUAUAAAGACAAUGAACAGAUUCAGAAAUUGUGAGAGCAAUUGAUGUGAAAAUGAUUGGAAAUUGUGAACUAAAUUAAUUUGUUGUAUAGUAUGACAGAAUGAUGGAAAUAAAAUCGAGAUGUCUCAUCUAA